CACAUCAAACUACUUUAUUACAUUGAAUAUUUUUCGAGCAAGGAGCAAGGAGGAAGCAUGGCAUUUGAUUUAGGAGGAUUGAAUGCAAGCCAGCUUCAGUCAGCAUCAAGUGUUUUAUCUUCAGAUGCAUCUAAAUAUGAAAACAGGGAAGAACUUGAAUUUGAAUGGGCUAAAAAAGCUUAUCACCAUGCUGAAACAUAUUUUAAUUUGAUCAGCUCUGUAAAUCCAGCGAUAUUGAAACUAACAAAAAUAGACACAGACAUUUAUACACAUUUUCGUGAUGAGUUUCCAGAUUUUAAAAUUGAUGUUAUUAAUAUUGAGGAAAUGAAAUCAGCAGAAGGAAAAGAGAAAUGGCGCUCAUUUUGUGAGAUUUACAAAGAAAAGGUUGAAGAUUAUAACAUGGGAUCAUUACUUAGAACUGAUUGUACACAAGAUUAUUCUGAAGAAAAUUCAUUUUUAGUUGUAAGGAUACAGUUUUUAGCAGUUGAAAUAGCCAGAAAUCGUGAAGGACUGAACUCUAAUUUAAGACAUAAAAAAGAAACAUCAUGACACAGCCUGUUGUUGUGAGGACUAUGUGUAAUAAGGACAGAAAGACUCUUUGAUUGCCCUAAAACUUCUUUCAGUUGAAGCUACCUGUGUUUUAGAUCAAAUACUAAAGGAGAUAUAUAUCUUUAUAAAUGGUACACAUCACCCUUAUUGUAUAAAAUAGUGCAGAUUAGUAAAAGAUACAGAUCACUUGAUUCAAAGUGUUCAGUGAAGAUUUGAAUCAUUGGGUAAAAUUAAUAUGCCUUUCUGAUUUAAGGUAGCACAAUACAAAGAUUUUAUACCUCCAACUCCCCAGUUUUAAAAUGCUGUAACUUUCUUUAUAAUGCUUGAAAAUUUAUAAAAGUGGUAUUUAUGGAUAGCUAACAGAUUACUCUUUCAAAUUAAUGCAAUGUUAGUAUUAUACAACUAUUAUGUAAUUAAUUAUAAUUUUAACUGUGUCUAAAAAAAUUUACAAGAAUUUUCCACUUUCAAUUGAAAUUAGCUUCUUCAUGGAUACCCCGAGAGGGUUGAUUUUAUAAUAUGUUGUCCUAGAGCCAUUAUCUACAAAAGGGUGUCUCAGAUUUUGGAUAGAAUGUAUAGAUCAAAUUUUACACCUAAUCAAAUAAUCUCUACUUUUAUGUGGUAAGGAUGUUUACACUAAUUACAGAUUUAUGAGAAAAUGGAAUACGAUAGCGAUAAUUUGAGACACCCUUUUAUAGCUCCUGCUGUGUUGAUUAAGAUAACGUUAAAAUUUCUUGUGUAGUUAUAGAGAUGUCAGAGCUAAAUUCAUUCAAGUGAACUGACCAAGAUUUUGCCAUUAAUUGCAUAAUAAUUGAUUACUUAAUGAUUGCAUAACAAAAAUAUUGCAUUCAUUUAAAAGAUUAAUCUUUUAUCUAUCUAUAUAUACCUCUUUUAUUAAUUUGUUUGCAGUCAUAAGAAAGUACCAUCAUUUUAAAGGUUGGAGAUUGGAAGUAAAAAAAUCUUUGUAUUGUGCUACCUUAAUAAAGUUACAAUUUGACUGUUUUAAUACAGAUUUUGGGCUUUUGAUGUAAUUAUUUGUUGAUUUCUGAAUAUAUUACUGCCGUAUGCUUUAUAUGAAAAAUGUGAAGUAAAAUUUCUUGUUAUUUCUCCAUAUGCUUUUAUGCCCUGCUACAUAUGUGUCUGGAACACAUUGUAUAUCAGCCAAUAUGUUAUUGAGUUGUUUCUGAAAUUUCUAUAAUAUUUUAUGAAGUGUUUAACUAUGUUUAUUGUCUUGUAUAUACAUUAUAGUUCUAUAUCAUUUAAGCCAUCAUGACAUACACUUCAAAUUUGAAAUUAUUGUAAAAUUUAUGGUUAAAAUUUUGUGAUUAAUUUCUAAGCAGACAAUAAAGAUACAUUGUGUAAACCAAUAUUAUGUCAUAAUAGGCCUUAAUUGGAAAGAUAAAUCUGUGGAUGUACUGUAGCAAAUGUUUCAAAACUUUGCAUACUGUACAUGCAGAAAUUAUUGCAAUUUUUUUAAAGUACAAAAAUGUGAGGUUUCUAUUUGUGAUUUCAGGAUAAUCUGCAUACAGUUAUAUGUAUUGGAUAUCAGAAUGUAACUUCCUCUUAUCGCAAUACUCACCCAGUCAAAAUAUUUGCAUCAAUAAAACAGAAACUCUAUUUCAUAAUUUCAAGUUAACAUUUCUAUGGUUUAUGGUUUUUAUGUUAGUUGUUUUUGUGCCUUGUACUGAUAUUUUUAAAUAAGCCAAUUGCUACCGAU